AUGUUGGACGCUCCGGUUGCGCCAGCUCAAACCUCCCGCAAGACCGUUCCAGGCAUCUGGAUAGACCUUCGCGCCCAUGAUGUCGACUUGUACAUUGUCAGUAACAGGCCGACCGCGCGUUGAAGCACGUGAAGAAAUACUGACUCUGUCAGGUCACCUUCGGCGGCUCUCUGCGCAAUGCGGCCCAGACCAAAGCCGACGCAGAAGCCAUGAGAGCCGCGAUCCUCGAGCGCGUCCCUGAUGCCAUCUUCCACCGCGUCGGCCUCGCAGACUUCUGCUACGGUCUUCCAGCGGGACUCGACCUCUGGCAUCCCUUCGAGUGCAGGUCAUCCUACAAAAUCACCCGCAUCGUGACCCCAGACAAGGACGAGCUGGUGAUGUGGCAGCAGGAGGCGCAGCAGGCGUGGGAGCUGGCGUGGGCGCAGGAGGCAGAGGCCCAGGAGGAGUACGCUUCGAAGCGUUUCGCCGUCCUGUGCCUGCUCUGCGGGCUCCUUGUGGGCGCUUUGGGUGUGUUCAUGUGUUUCGUGUUUGGGCCAGACGCAGCACUCCUCGCGGACUCGGCUUGCCUCUUCGUCAAGCGCCUUCUUCCCAGGCGCAUGGAGCCGGCAGAUUGA